AUGAAAUCCAUUAUAGUUUGUUUAGCGAUCAUUACCAUCAGUCUGACCCUCACAGUACAAACUUAUGCGGAGAUCGACCUUGAAACCGCAAGAGGAAUUUGGCUACUUGAUGAAGGUGAUGGCGAUGUUAUCAACGAUAUGUCUGGAAACGGAAAUCACGGUCAACUCCAGGGCGGAGAAUGGAUCGAAGGACCAGAUGGUCCCGCCCUCAGUUUAAACGGACAAGAUGAUCGGGUUAUCAUCCAAGACACCGAUAGUAUGUAUCUGGAAGAGGCAUGGACGAUCACUGCUUGGGCUUUUGUGAAUAACACCGAGAACGGUUUUGGACAUAUUCUCGGCAAAAGACCCGGAUCUGGAACGGUGGCAAAUUACGCAUUCAGGACAAGCGGCAAUGGUAGCGGCUGGGAAGCAUACUUUUCGCGAGGCGGCUGGCAAGGUGCUUGGAAUCAAGGAAGCGUGAAGAAAGAUGAAUGGUUGUACAUGACCGCAACUUAUGAUGGAGAAGACACCAUCAAGAUCUAUGAAAAUGGAUCUGAAAUCGGUUCUGUUAGCGGGCUUGGUGGACCAGCACCUCAGGAUGAAGCCGAGGUCAACAUCGGCGGAUGGGAAAACAACACUUCAGAGACCCUUGACGGCAUGCUCUAUGAGGUCGCGCUUUUUAGUGUCGUGCUGGCAGAAGAGGACAUAAACACCCUGAUGAACAAGGGGCUAUCGUCCGAAACGGCUGUUGAGCCUUCUGGCAAACUCGCAACUACAUGGGCAAACAUCAAAUCUCAAUAG